UUGUUGACCUCCCACCCCUCAGAGUGUGUGUGUAAUAGCUGAGUGUGAGCAGUGCGUCUCAGGACCAUGGAAAGCUCAGGGCUUCUCUCUGCACUCCUCUUCAUCGCUCUGUUCACCUUCAUCUGCAACGGGCAGCCUUCACCUGAGAUAUCUGAAGAGGACGGCAGGAACGCCGAGGUGACCCCUGAGAAAGAACUGAUUGAAGCAAUGGAGGAACUUCUGGGGAGAUUUCAGGACAAACUACCAUCAACAGAGAAACGAGCCAUUCCCAGGUGCUUGGUUGGGUCUCGCUGUGCGAUGAGGCUGGGUCCGCGCUUUGGUCCACUGUGCGAAUGCAGCCGAGGAACCUACUGCAACUCGAUCCUGCUCAAGUGCAUCUGAAGCUCCAGCAGAGUCUCUGAGCUCCAUCACUGCCUGAACUUCACCACAGCUCGCUUCGACAUACGAGAUACAUUUAGGGGAAUAUUCUAGCAGGAAAUGUGUUCUUCUCAGAAUAAAGCGUUUGGAGAUUUUUUGCCUUAUUUAGCUAUUUAGCAUGAGUUUUCUUUUUUUUGUUUGUUUUUUUUAGGGCUUAUGCGAUUGGUGGUUUGGUUUCUCAGUACUUUCUUGUAAGUAGAACUGUAAACCAUUUGUGUGGUUACCAACCCAUGAAAUUACUAAUUUAGAAGUGUUCAUGGACUACAUUAACGAUAGAAUUAAUAAAGCACUGAAGCAAUUUAGCUGCAUCACUCCAUCAUAAUGCAUUCAAGCUCCAGUCACUCACUGCAGUUUCCGAGUUUUUCAGAGGGAGCAAUGGAAAUGUCUAGCAAUCUUCUAGUGGUUUCCGCUGUUUUACAGGUUGUUGUUUGAAAGCUUCGGUUGUCGCAGCACAGCAGCUUGACAGCUGGAGCACUUCUGAAUAGGAAAAAUGGAUGGCAUGUAACACUGAAGUAAUUACACAAUAUAGAAUAAUCUUUUUACAAUAAACACCUGUUUUCAUUUACUCCGCA